GUGUCAGUGUCUGUCUCUGAGUAGGUAUUUUCUGUGUGUGUGUGUUUCUGAGUAUGUAACUCUGAAUGUGAUUUGCUCUGUGUGUAUGAGAUGUGUUUCUGAGUGUGUCUGUACAUCCCAAGAGUACCAUCUCCCUCUUCUGACUAAUUCCAACGCUGCUUUCCCUCGCUCGCUUUCUCUAUACCACAGCCGUGCCAACUGUUACGUGGUGACGCAGAGAGGGCCGCUCAGUUCUGGGGAUUUUCCACUCGCGCUGGGGUUAGUGUUGAAGGAGGUCUGCUUGAGGACAGGCCCUAUAAAUGAAAUCCACCUUUCACCAGGCACCGAUUCAGUUGCAGUAACAUAACCGAGUGAUCUGUGAGCUGUUCAGGGAUCCUCCAGCCUCUGGGAUCCCAGGCACAGAAGGCUGGACAAGUACUGGACCAAGAGUAAGGGCGUUAUUCCCUGGAGUACAGUACUGCUUUUGUUGAAUGGCCCGGGGUGAAAAGAUGCAUUCCUUAAAAGAUUUUCACAAAGACACCCUGAAGCCCUCUCCCGGGAAGAGUCCGGGUACCCGGCCGGAGGAUGAAGCAGAUGGCAAGGUGCAGCGAGAGAAAUGGGCGAACAAGCUUGACUUUAUCCUGUCUGUGGCCGGAGGCUUCAUUGGCCUUGGGAACGUCUGGAGGUUUCCGUAUCUCUGCUACAAAAACGGUGGAGGUGCUUUUCUCAUCCCAUACUUUAUCUUCCUGAUUGGUGGAGGUCUGCCUGUCUUCUUCCUGGAGGUAGCACUUGGUCAGUACACAUCCCAAGGGGGCAUCACCUGUUGGGAAAAACUCUGUCCUAUCUUCUCUGGAAUCGGCUGUGCGUCCAUCGUCAUUGUCUCCCUGUUGAAUGUUUACUACAUCGUUAUUCUGGCCUGGGGACUCUACUACCUCUUCCAGACCUUUCAGAGUGAACUACCCUGGGCAAAGUGUGGCCACAGAUGGAACACUGAGCACUGUAUUGAGGAUCGCCUGAGAAAGAACAUCUCCCUGUGUAUGGCCUGCAAUAGCACCAACCUCACAUCACCCGUGACAGAAUUUUGGGAGCGGAAUGUGUUGGAUCUGUCUGCUGGAAUUGACCAGGUGGGCUCUCUGAAGUGGGAGCUGGCGCUCUGUCUGCUGGCCGCCUGGGUCAUCUGCUUCUUCUGCAUUUGGAAAGGUGUCCGUUCGACUGGGAAGGUUGUCUACAUCACGGCGACGUUUCCUUUCCUCAUGCUGUUGGUUUUGUUGAUCCGUGGAGUCACUCUGCCAGGAGCAGCUCAGGGAAUCAAAUUUUAUCUGUAUCCUGACAUCAGCCGUCUCGGUGACCCACAGGUAUGGAUUGAUGCAGGGACACAGAUCUUCUUCUCGUAUGCGAUCUGUUUGGGAGCGAUGACGUCACUGGGAAGCUACAACAAGUACAAAUAUAACUGUUACCGGGACUGUAUGCUCCUCGGAUGUCUGAACAGCGGUACCAGUUUUGUUUCGGGCUUUGCGAUAUUUUCCAUCCUUGGCUUCAUGGCUCAAGAACAAGGGGUGGACAUAGCAGACGUAGCUGAGUCAGGUCCUGGUCUGGCAUUCAUCGCUUACCCUAAAGCAGUGAGCAUGAUGCCUUGGCCUACAUUCUGGGCUAUCUUGUUUUUCGUAAUGCUCCUUCUUCUCGGAUUGGACAGUCAGUUUGUGGAAGUUGAAGGACAGAUUACUUCUCUGGUAGAUCUUUACCCAUCCUUCCUAAGGAAGGGUUACAGACGGGAAAUCUUCAUAGCUAUAACAUGCACACUCAGCUACCUACUCGGCUUGACCAUGGUAACUGAAGGUGGGUUGUAUGUGUUCCAGCUGUUUGACUACUAUGCAGCCAGCGGCAUGUGCCUUCUCUGGGUGGCAUUCUUUGAAUGUAUUGCAAUAGCCUGGGUGUAUGGAGCUGAUGAUUUCUACGAUGCAAUUGAAGACAUGAUUGGCUACAGGCCUGGCAUAUGGAUGAAGUGGAGCUGGACAAUAAUUACUCCGCUGCUGUGUAUGGCUUGUUUUAUCUUCUCUCUCGCCAAGUACACGCCAUUGACCUACAACAAAGUCUACAAGUUCCCUGACUGGGCGGAAGGUUUGGGUUGGAUGUUGGCCCUCUCCUCCAUGAUAUGCAUCCCUCUGGUGGUGGUCGUCAAGAUUAUUCAGUCGGAUGGGCCGAUAAUUGAGCGGAUUAAGAUGCUGACUGCACCAAAGGGAGAAGGAAGGAAACCAAAAGACGUAGCGUUGGAUGCUGAGGCCACAGUUCCACUCAGUCCCAAUGGGCUUGCAGGAAGUGAUGUUGGGAAGCCCACUCAGAUAAUUAUAGAAACUGCGAUGUAAGCUCUCUAUGAGAGACUCAAAUUGUGCUUUUUUUUUGACGUGAACUCCAGCCUUUUCAGGACCAUAUAACCCCAUUCACCUAAAGUAGUGCUUGCCCUAGACAUUUGUCUGAACUGAAUGGUAAAUCCCUCCAGAGAACGCAGUAAAUAAAACUAUAGAAACGACUAACCUCUCUAACUUGGUCAAGCAGUCACUCACAAAUAUUCCAAAUGUUGGUCACUCCAAUCUGAAGGUUUAGUUUUGCUUCCUCACCCCUUUGGGGAAAGACUCUGGAUGCAUUUCCAACAUUAAGGUGAUCCACUGGAGUUUAUUCGUUUUUUUUUUUUGCCCAGUUGCCUCCUUUCCUCACCCUCCAUCACUCUGUGAUAUGGUUUUCUGAUUUGUAAACUCCCUCCCCCCCAGCACACCCCCCCACCCCAUGAGAGUUGGAGCCAAUUUCGGGAGCUCCCUGGUUGAUCUGACAGUGUGAUCAGGAGGUUAUACAUGGAGCAGAAUUAUUGGAAUUCCGAUUUCAUUCUUUUCCCUUCCCUCACCUCCCCAUCCCCACCCCCACCCACCCACAACAGUCCCUACCCCCGACCCAUCGUUUUCUAUUUAGCUUUUUGUACGUAAGAUGUUCAAACAACAGGAACACCGUUCUAAAUAAACACUGUUGCAUUGUAGGAGUCUGCUCCCCACCACUCGCCCAUCUUCCUAUUCCUCCCCUACCUCCCUCCUCCAACCCUUCCCCGCCUCCUCACUCCUCACCACUUCCCCUCAUCCCUCGUCUCUCCACCCCCACCCUUCCCCUGCUCCUCCUCCUUCCUCCACUCACCCCUUCCCCAUAUCCCCUCAUCCCUCCUUGCCCCCUGCCUCUCCACUACCACUCCUCCUCCUCCCUACCCCCCCCCCCACCUCACAUGCCUCAACACCCUCACCCCCUCCUCUCUCUCUCCCUGUGGUCAAGGUGAGAGGGUCAAUCCCACAAUGCACUGGACCAAACCAUAGUGGACUGGGGGUAUUUAUUUGCAGCUGUUUUGUGAAUAACUUGCAGUUGAUAGAUUUACAAGAAGCUUAAAACAAAAUGUUGCACAAUGUUUGAAGUUCUUUUGUGUGCGUGCGUGUGUGUGUGUGUGUGUGUGUGCGUGGUAAAAGGAAUAAUUUGACAUUGUACCUGUGGCUUUUUUUUAAACUACACUCAUUGUGUACAGAACAAUGCUGAUGUUUUCAGGAUCAGUGUUGUAGUGAAUCUAAUGAAAAACAUUCUAACCCUUGUUCUUUUUCUGUGUGGAGCCUAUUUCUGAUCUGUAAUCGCCCUUUUAACGACUUUCGGAUUCUGUUGUUUGUGUUAGACAUGCAUUGCGUCCAUGGCUGUGUUGUACAAGUCAGUCUGGAUUGCACAGAGUCUUGUAUCCCCCCCCCACCCACCCCAUCUCUCUCUCUCUCUCUCUCUCUCUCGCACUGCAUUUAUUGUAACAACAGUUUAGUACAACUUAAGAAUCGGCCCCCUUCCUUUUGAACCAUCAACCUGUUUUUAAAACAUGUUUUUAAAAGUAAAUAGCUAUUCUGUUUUGGUUUUCGACUGUGUGUGUGUGUCUGUCUGUGUGUGUGUGUGUGUGUGUGUGUGUGUGUCUGUCUGUGUGUGUGUGUGUGUGUGUGUGUAUAUGAGUGUGUGUCUGCAUGUGUGUGUGUGUAUGAGUGAGUGUGUGUGUAUGAGUGAGUGUGAGUGUGUGUCUGUGUCUGUGUGUGUGUCUGUGUAUGAGUGUGUGUGUGUGUGUGUGUGUGUGUGUGUAGAGGAGGUCAUGGGUCAGCGCUGACCAAAUGCUCCCUUCUUAACCCUGGCUUAAAAUUAACCAAACAAUUCACAGGCCCCGAACUCAACCCCACUGCAUGUAGACAGAAGCAGGUACUGGAAAGGAAAUCAUUUAGAGAAUGGGGGACAUAUUUUCUCUCCUGGAGAUUAUGUUGUUUCAAGAAUCAGUUCUGCAAGUUCUGGCAUCAGUUCUGCCCCUUGCACACACUCAGCAGGGGAUCUGGGAGGGGACACACCCACAUUCCUGGAAAGGAACCUGUUUUGGAAACAGUUUUUAUCUCCUGAGCGGGAAAUCCAAUGUAAGACACCCUCAGAUUCUGCCUCGCAAAGCUUCCAGAACCUUCCCUCGCCCUCGAGUUCACAGUUGCCAGUCAAAGACCUUUCCCAGCCUGUGGGGAAAAAAAUCCCAGGAGGAUACGGACUGACCCCGGGCGGAAGCUAACACAUCCCCUUCCCUUCCCCCUCCCGCCAUCUUGUGAAACCGUCGUUAGAGCCGCACCAGGCCUCCAUGUGACUCCAGUCUGUGGGGGGGGGGGGGACUGCCCCCUGAAACCUUUUGUGUGUUCAAGAUGGCAGCCUAGCACCUGCUUCCCCCCCGCCCCACCCCCACCCGCUCCCCCAAGCUGGGGGUUGGCGAUAAAAUAGAAUUCCCACCGGGACGCCCCCCCACCCCGUCAACGAAUUAGAGAUAUAGCUCCUCCAGCUCCUCGAUGGAAAACCAGGUGCAGAAGUAAGCCAUUCGGCCCUAUCCAGCCUAGAAUGUCAGCCCCAAGACCCAGAGAACCCGACUCCUAAGUGAAUCCGGACACCCCACCCCCCAACACAUACACAUAGUCAUGAUUCAUCUUCUCUCUUCACUGGAUUGAAGAUUUGUGCACCAGGGUCAGUGAGGGUUGUGUGGCCUGGGCUGGAGGGGAUGUUGUUGGAAUCAGGAGUAUUUCUGGCUGGUGUAUUGUUCAUGGGGAGUAGGGGGGUGGACCCCCCUCUUAUUUUCAGGAUUGACAUUAGUGAUGUUUUCAGUCUUGAGUGCGGCUGGGGUUUAGCUGCUUCACAGCUGCACGUUUUCCAUUCUGCCCAGGCCUGGUAAUAAUGAGAGCUGCAUUGUGUGGGGCUGCAGCUAUUUCUGUGUAAGGUCAGUCAGCGUUGGCAGCUGUAACACUGAGAUAAUGGUGAGUCAGGGACUCUGGGCACCAGCUCGUUAUUAUUGACUGUGUCAAAGUGACAGGUGAAUGAUUAAACCAACAGGCAUCUGCACUCCACUGAGAGGGAGAGUUUGCAGAAAGGCUGCUUUGACAACAGAAUGACAUGUUCCUUUAUUUCCUGCCCACAGUUUUGUUGAGGGAAGGUUUUAAAGUGGUGGGAGAGGAAGGUGGGUUUGACGGGGGGGGGGGGGGAAGCAAUCAUGUGGAAAUCAUUCCAGGCAGAGUAGGUGAGCCCAGUGAUCCAGUGAGACCGGGUUCUGAGGAAUCCAGCCUCUAACCUGAUACCCGCCUGUGAUCCUGGGAGGGGUUGGACGGUCAGAAGUUCCCAUCCCUCCCCAGCCUCUCACACUGUCCCAAAAUCACCUCCAGAAGAUGCCACCAUGUCCACUGAGUACAGACACAGUUAGACUGGACUCGCACACCAUUGAACAAAGAAACAAACAAGAAUCCCAACAUUGGUUUUGACCUGGGUUACUGUGUCUUUUCGAUUGUUUUGUUUUUAAAAAAAUGCAUUGCUUUCAGACACCAAAAGCAAGCUUCCUAAGUAUCCAAAAUACUGACCCAGUCAGGAGAAGGCACGCUGUGAAAUAGCCUGGUCAGUUUAACGGGGGGGGCUAGGGAUGUUGGGGCAGUGGAAGGUCUGCUCCUUUUUUUUGCCAGAUAAUGGUUUUCUCAGCUGGUACUUGCUCAGGAUUGGGAUUCCAAUCUGGGGUCAGAUCUGAGUUGUGUAGAAGCUGUGGGGGAUGAAGCCCUUGGCACGGGUGGUUGGUGCACACAUGCGCGCACACGGACACACACACGCGUAUGUGCGCGCACGCACACACACAAACAGAGAAAGGGGACAGCCAGAUGGUACACAGUAUGCCAGGCAAACUGCACUGAGUUCAGCACCACCACCCUCACCCCAACCUCGACAGGAAAGCCGGGCAGUGUGCAGGCCCCGUGUGGCACACUGAACCGUUCAGUGUUAUCAAUAAUUUGGCUGCUUUAUGUUUUACAGUAAUAUACUAGUAUUUUAACAGAAGCCUCAUCACUUUCUGAUGCCGCGAUCUUUUUAAGUUUUUUUUUAUGAUUAGUUUUGGCGUACUGACUGAAAUAUCCCGACUGAAUGUUAGGCAUGGGAAUCUCAAAACCAAAAAGUGGAAACAGUUGACUGAUUUGCUCCACCUGUAAAUAUGGCCAGCCCACAAUUUACUCUCACAUUUCAUCAUCACUCUGGCUUUUAGUUUUUUAUGUCAAAAACUACACAUCAUGAACAUAGAUAUUAAAACUACACUUUGAAUAGUGAAUAAGCUUUUAAAAAAAUGUGUAUUUUUUUUAUUUUUAAAAACGUUAAGGAGUACGUCUCCGAAUUUGACAUGUACGAGCUGGUAAUUUUGUAGAUUUGUUUUGAUGUAGUUGGCAGGAAACUUUCACCCGGUGAUCGCCCAACCAUUUGGGCCUGACCUGACAGUGAUACACAGGGGAGGGAGGGAGAGAGAUAGGGAUUGUCCUCUCUCUCACCCCAAAGCCCAGGCCUUGGGAAUGUCAACCCUCCAGGAUUGGCCUGGAGACUCUGGCAAUCAAAGACCACGUGUUCCUUAGAGAAAAAUCACAAGGACGUUCAAAAAGAUUGGGCUUAGUUUGACGUUUUCUUCAACGGUCUUUCUUCCCCCCUUCCCCCACCCCCGCAACAUCAGAUUGAAAGAUAAAUAUUGAACAUGAGGAAACUAAGCCAACAGUUGAACGUUGUCCGACUGGGUAAGGAGUUCUGUUUGCUUCCCAGAAUGGACAAGUCAGCUGACCAAAGGCUGGGGCAUGGGGCAAGUCAUGUGACAAAGCCUCCAGGAAUGGAACCGACCAAAGUUGGCAUCCCUAAAGCCCACUCAGGUUCAAGGUAUCUGACUUACUACACCCUCCCUUUUCUGAAUAUUAUUCUUUCUUGUCCUCUGCCUUCUCUUUCUCUUUCCCCUUCACACUCUACCCCCCCCCCCACCUCUUUAAUGCGGAAGAUGAAUUUGUAAUGAGUGUAUUUGGGGAAGGAGGGGGAAGCACUGUUGGGGUCACCCCUCGUGUGGUUCACGAGUCAAGGGUCAGUAAUCUCUGUCAAUUCCUCUCUUGAACAUUUGUGCUCUUGUGGAACGCACUUGAACGUUCCAUUUUUAGCUGUUUGCAUUUUUUUUAGAAGGAAAAAAAGAUAUAAAAGAUAUGUAUUUAUAUUAUACAGUGUACCCACUUGUCUUGUGCUUUCUUAGGUGAUGGUUCCAGAAUUGUAUUAGAAAUUUUGAUCUUGUACUGUGUGGAAAAAUAAAAAAAAGUUUAAAAAAAAAUAAAUGUUUACAGUAUUCACUGAA